CCGAAGCACUGGUGUUACAGCAUUACUGGAAAUAAUUAUGAAAAAUGGAAGCACUGCCGGAAACAGCACACAUUGCCGGAAACCUCCAGGGAGCAGUGACCAGAGCAAGCCCACCUGCGCCAAGGACAGCGCACCCAGCAGUGGUGAAGGUGGAAAAGUCUAUACCAAAGACCAAGUAGACGGAGUUCUCAGCAUAAACAAGUGUAAAAAUUACUAUGAAGUUCUUGGAGUUACAAAAGAUGCUGGUGAUGAAGAUUUGAAAAAAGCUUAUAGGAAGCUUGCUUUGAAGUUUCAUCCAGACAAAAAUCACGCCCCUGGAGCCACGGAUGCUUUCAAAAAGAUUGGAAAUGCUUAUGCAGUUUUAAGCAAUCCAGAGAAACGAAAACAGUAUGACCUCACAGGCAAUGAAGAGCAAGCUUGUAAUCACCAGAACAAUGGCAGGUUCAACUUCCACCGAGGCUGUGAAGCUGACAUAACACCAGAGGACCUGUUCAACAUCUUCUUCGGUGGUGGAUUCCCUUCAGGUAGUGUACACUCGUUUUCAAAUGGCCGGGCUGCUUACAGCCAUCAACAUCAGCACCGACACAGUGGACACGAAAGAGAAGAAGAAAGAGCAGAUGGAGGGUUUUCUGUGUUUAUCCAGCUGAUGCCCAUUAUUGUAUUGAUCCUCGUGUCCUUGAUAAGCCAGUUGAUGGUCUCGAACCCUCCUUACUCUUUAUAUCCCAGAUCUGGAUCAGGACAAACUAUUAAAAUGCAGACAGAAAACUUGGGCGUUGUUUAUUACGUCAGUAAGGACUUUAAAAGCGAAUAUAAAGGAACACUAUUACAGAAGGUAGAAAAGAGUGUGGAAGAGGAUUAUGUGACUAAUAUUCGAAAUAACUGUUGGAAAGAAAGACAGCAAAAAACAGAUAUGCAGUAUGCAGCAAAGGUGUACCGUGAUGAACGGCUGAGGAGGAAGGCGGAUGCUCUGAGUAUGGACAACUGCAAAGAGCUUGAGCGACUGACCAGUCUCUACAAGGGGGGAUGAGCUGGAAGUCCUGCUGCUCCUUUCCAUGUACUCUGUCUUUUCUGUAAAUUUCAUUUCGCCAUGAAGCCGAAGAAGAUUUGAUUAAAGACUAAGCUGAGUAGUUGAUUUCUGAAAUCUUGGACUGUUAAUGAUCUACUGGCUCAUUUCAAUAGUAAGAACUGAAAACUAAAUAUUUUAGUAUGCUUCUGCAAUUACUUUCACUUUAAAAUCUUACAUGAUUCCUUAUGAUGUCUGGAGAGGAUUGUCACACCUGUAGCAAUUGCCAGUUUUAGUGAUUCUCCAUUAUUCCUUUGCCAUGUAAAUAUUUUUAGAAUGAUUUUGUGUAUAUAGGAGCGCUUGCCUUUUAUUUAAAUUAUUUUAGUGUUUAGCUCCAUGAGACACUUCGUUUAGGCUGAUGGAAUAAAUGUCUAUGACACAGCCACUUUUCCCAUUAGGUGACUGGGUAUGUGGAGUUGAAACAAUGAAUUUUUUUCAAAAAGGAAAAACAAAACUUUAUGUAAAAUCUGAUAUCAGUGUAGAAGGAAUUGGCAUUUUUAAUAUUGUUCUUGUAUUCCAAAAUCUGUAAUGAGAUAAAUGAUCUGGUGUAUACUAUCAGUAUGCUCUUUAGUCUUAUGAAUUGCUAAGCCAUACAUAGGAAAAAAUGCUAUAAGAUAGAUUUUAAAGAAAAUAUGACGAUAAAUAUUAAGCUAAAUGAGUUUUCAAUGGUAAGUUGCAGUUUUUCCAUUUACAAUUUCGGUAAUUAAAAGUUAGCCCCAAAUGUUCAUUAAUGUGUCUUUCAAGGCUACUGAAGUUUAUGAAGCAAAAGAUGAACUUUCUUCCCGUGGAAAUUCAGUUUCAUGGAGAUGACUGAAGCAGGACCUCAAAGCAAAUGAAUUCUUCUACAAAUAAGUAAUAAGAACACAAUGACCACUAAUACCCAGCUUCGUGCCUUUACAAAUGUGGCUGGCUUACUUGAUGGAGCAUUAUCUGUUGGGCCACACACAGCCCUGAGCAGCAGCUAGAGCAGUGAUUGACAAAGUCGUCAUCGGCAUUCUGAGCUAAGCUCCACUUACCACCAGGCAACUCAUCAGCUCUUUAGAAUAAACUCCUCCUAACAAAAUCUGUGAUAUAUGGCGGGAAAACAGAGCUGGGAUUUGAAGUUUUGGUGCUUACUGAGUUUGAGUUGAUCUCUGGUCUUGGGUGUUCAGUGGUAGUGAUGGCUUACUUGGUUUUGCUACAUACAGUUAAAGAAUUACAAAUUACAUUUACAUUCUCGGUAGUUCGUUGUCACCCCCCAUCCCUUGCUCAAGAACGAGACUGUUAGGUAGAGUGGCUUUGUGCUUUUGCUUAAGGAUUCUUUUCUAAAUAUUGCUCAUUUAUGCCCUCUGUUGAAUUUUCUUUAAAAUGGCCUCUUGUAUUCUGUUGUCAGAUUCUUCAGUAGAAAUACCUGAUUAUAAUAGUGGGUUAAAUUACACACAUUGUUUUAGGAGUCUGGACAACCCAACCAUGUCUAGAAACACAACCUUUAAAAAUAGGAGUGCUACAAAGAAAGGAAAGGUUCAUUUUAAAGUUUUCACAUAAUACAUUUAAUGUGAAACUAUUAACAUGCUGCAGAUCUAGUCAUCUUCAGUAAAAACCCUUUCCUCGCCGUCUAAACAUAUUUCGUCACUCUCUAGAGAGAAUCUUGACUUUCCUAGAUUCUGAGGAGUAACUUCAAAGGACCACGCUCGGCGGUGGCUGCUUCUACCUCUUGUGUCUGUGUCGGUCAGUUUUAGUUGCCUCUUGCUUGGAUUCUUCUGCAUGCUCCCACGAAGGCUGAGGGCUUGGUAUAGGAAUCACUGCUCUUGACUUGGAACAAACCUGGGGCUGAGUUUCACACCAGUGUCACCCUCACAGUCCCAGGGCACUCUGGGCCUCGUUCCCACAGCCUUCCGAGUUCUGAGCUGCUUCCUUCAGCAACCUUCCUGUCUGACGGUUAGCCUGAAUUAGUGCUGUUUCGUUCAUGUGAAUGCUUGUCUAAGGUUGCAUGCCUCUACAUAGCUGUUUGUAUUUCUACUUCUCUCUCAUUAGAAUCUUCUCCAGCUGUCAGUUCAGUGUUCAGUUGCAGAUUUCUGAAUCGCAUCCAACCAUUAUUAUCCCUUUAACUUCUCUGCAUUUCCGUCAACCGCGGACCUUGUUCUCUGGUACAAGAUGAUGAGUCUUAGAGUGUCCCUUCCCAGAGUCCUCUGGUCCUCAAGGAGGCUGCCAUGCUGCUUUAGUGAUGCUUUAGUGCUUGCUCAUUGGGUCACUUUCUUUUUUUAUUUUGAGUCUCACUGUGUAGCCCUGGCUGGCUGGAACUCACAGUAUAGACCAGGCUGGCCUGGAACUCAGAGAUUGGCCUGCACCGCCCUACCCAUGCUGGGAUUAAUGGCAUAUGCUUGCACACCUGGUAAUAAAGUGGGGUGGUUUUUUUUUUUUUUUUUUUUUAGCGAGUUUCUCUGUGUUACCCUGCCUGCUCUGUAGACCAGGCUGGCCUCGAACUCACAGCGAUCUGUCUGUCUCUGAUUCCUGAGUGCUGGGAUUAAAGGUGUGCAUGUGCACCACCGCCCAGCUAUAACGUGUAUUUUCAUUCAAAGGAAACAUACUUUUUCAUUUCCCAUGAAGAUCAUGAAUCUCCUGUUUAAUUAAACAUAGACAUUGAAAUAUCCAUUUCAAAUCUCUAGUUUUUAAGCUGUGACAACUACAUUUUUAAGUUUCUUGUUCAUGUAAGUCCUCUGCUCUUCUAAGAGUGUUAUAAAUCCAAUGCACUGUUUUAAGUCUUCUUUUUUCUGUAUUUUAUCUAAAGAAUGACAUGUUAUCACACCAUUUCAACUCAGUAACUUUCCUUAGCUGUUCCCUCUCAUCUCCAGCCAGAUUUGCACCGAUCAGCCCAUUCUGCUCAGCAUUCCCCCUUGCCCUGUUAGCACGGCCUUUAGCUUAGAACAGUCAACUUCAGGCUCUGUAAGUGACUCAGCCUCUGGUCAUUCCUGUGAUUCUUGCAACUGUUUGAAAUUGUUUUAUUAUAAAUUUUAUUUAUUCUUAUAUUUAUAGUGUGUGUGUGUGUGUGUGUGUGUGUGUGUGUGUGUGUGUGUGUACACGUGUGCCAAGGCGCACAUGUAGAGGUUAGAGAACAACUUGUAGGAAUUAGUUUUCCUUUUAUACCUUGUUCAGUUCUGUGCAUUGAACUGGAGUCUUCAGACUUGUGCGGGAAGUAUUUUACUGCUGAGCCGUCUCGCCAGCCCUCACAUUCUAUUUUAUAUCUUCAUUCCAUAGGCAGUGUCUUCGGAGAGACUUCACCUCUUUGUUAUAUAGCUCUUUAUCCCUGGUAACUAUGCUUAAUUUUUUUCAUUUUCUCCCUUCCUUUUUCAAAAACUGUUUUAUUAGCACAUAUUAAUUACAUAUGACAAUGGGUUUCAUUGUGACAUUUUCAUACACACAUGUAUAAUACAGUCCAUCAUCUUCACCUCCUAUGACUCUCUCUUGUUCCCUCCUACUCCACUGAUCCUCUUCCCUUCAGUCUUUUUGGUGGUGGUGAUGAUGAUGAUGAUGAUGAUGAUGAUGAUUACGACGACGACGACGACGACGACCCAAAAAGUUUUCCUUACGGUUGAAUGUAGGGCAUAGGUGAAGAGUUAUUGACAGGAACACAGGCACAUUACCAGACCUGCAACCCUGAAGAAAAUGUCUCCCUCCCUCAUCAACCACUAACUGCCUAGAGAUGCUCACGGUGGGGUGCAGCCUCGUGAGCCCCCCCCCCCCAGCAGGAUUUGGAUGGGCCCAACCUUAUAGAGACCAUGUGCAGAAUCACAGUGUGAUUACUGUGUCAUGGCCAGAAAGCAGUGUUCCACAACUUCACCACUUGCAUUAUUUCCACCCCUGGUCUGUACUGUUCUCUGUGCCUCAGAGUGAGUAAUGUCGACGUCUCAUUCAGCACUCAGUGGUCAUGUCUUCCCAUUACUGUGACCAUUAUGAGCUCCGAAGUUACUUCUGCCCAUCACAAAAAUAAGUUUCUCUGACAAAAGCCGGCUGUAGCACUCACCUACGGGCACAAAACAUAACAACCAGUUUGUCAUCUUUUUAUUUGAACGGAAAUCUGCAAUUGCAAAGUUCUGUCUCCACUUUCGCGUGGUCUGUGAUCCUCAUGGUUUUACAUUUGCUGGUCUUGAUGUUCACUGGUCUUAUUUCCCACUUUUUCUUCAGAAUAGUUCACUGUGCCUAUUUUUAGUUGCUAGUUGCCUCUCAUUGGAUUAAAAAAUAUAGAAACUUCAUGAAUUUUGUGUAUCCUUGCACAGGGGCCAUGUCAAUCUCUGUAUUGUUCCGCUGUUAGUACAUUGCUGCAGAAUGAGCAUACAUCAUAGAAUUUUAAGUUAUUUUCUUGAGCCUGUAUAAUAAAUCACUUAAAAUCACUGUAGCAUUCUAAUUAACUUUGAAAGCUCAUAUAUAUCAAGAAAUUUGUAGAAACUGGAAUGAAAGUUUUUAAGCUAUUUUUCCAGUUUUAUUAGGAAAUUUACAUUAAUAUGAUCGAUAUUUACAUGAGCCAAACCUACGUAAAUCCCACCGUUACAGGAUGGAGAAGAGAGGUGAGGUUAUCAGACUGAGAGAAACUAACACAGCAUAGAGUUGCACAUGGCUUUGGACAGUAUUGUUUCAGGUUUGUUGCUGCAUCCCAUCACAUUUAUGACAUUUAUGGGUUAGAUUAAACAAAACUUGGAAAUAGCUCUGGGCAUGGUUGGCUGAGUGCCAGGUAUCUUAAGCUAUGUAUAAAGUAUGUAAGUAAAGACUGAAUUCUUCAUGAUGCCUGUAUUGUGGAAAGAACUAGUUAGUGGCUUUGAAUUUAAUUUCAUGUGUAUUUGAAUGACUUGAACUGAAAGAUUUUUGUGUUUGCUACCUACUCUUAUGAUGCAAAUCCCAGUAUUUUCCCGUCUUAUAGCUACAUGAAGUUUCUUAAUUUCAUUUGAUCACUUUCAUCUUCACCCAGUAGCUCUUUACCUUUGCAUACUAAUUAGGUUUCUAAGUUUUUGGAAGUUUGGGAACAGUAGUUAUAUUUAUUAGUAAUUGACGUUUUAUCCCUUUAGACACAGAGAAGCACACACACACACACACACACACACACACACACACACACACACACACACACUUUGGGAGGAAAGAAAACAGCACUUUUCCUCCUUUCGAGUCCCUUCUUCCUGAAUACACUGACAUUCCUGACAUUCGUUAUUUAGUCAUCUUGAAAUCUUAGGAUAUUUUUUUUAAUCAAAUAGGUUAAUGGGACACAGAGAAAUUUCAAGUUUUCCAUCUAAUAAGUGAAAACAACAUUUUGAGACCUGAUUGCAUUUGAGUGCAUAAUCAUUUCAUAACCACUACAUGCUUAUUUAUGAUUUUCAAAUAAUCAGUAAGGAAAAUCAAGGUCCUUACAGUAUAAAGGGUGUGUGUGUGUGUGUGUGUGUGUGUGUGUGUGUGUGCGCACCAGUGUGUGUAAGUGCUCUGUUUUGUGUCAGCUCAGGUGUUUCCAAGAACAGGAAUGUGGAGUGCUAGCCCUUAACUUCAAAUGCACUUUUAUGCUUAAUUUUUCUUGCUGUUCAAACUUUUACACUGAUAUGUAAAAUAAAAUGAGUUUUUACUCUCCUGUCUUUAUUAGUAAUAUUGGAAAUGCAGCUAUUUAGCACAUGGUACAGUUGUUGCUGCGUUCUGAGAUACUUAAUUUUAAAAACUCCCACUUUUUAAAGCAGUAGUAAACUAUUGAUUGGUGGGCCAGAGGGCCACAUGACCAUCUUUUCAAUCUGACAGGUGUUGUAACCAAGGACCAAAUGGUUUAAAGAGGAAUGAGUGUCUCUGCUUAGCUUCUCUACGUGAUGUUCGAGCUUAGUCCUGGAUGUCUUGCUAGCCAUCUGUUUAUUGAGUGAGACAAACUGAAAAGAAACCCAUAACAUUUUUUAUUAUCUGUAUAGAAAAAUUAUGAAAAUGAAUUUUAAUCAUGAGAUAGCUAAAAAUCCUUGUUUAGUAGCCAUAUCAGAGUCAGUAAAAUACUUAAAAUUCUCUGUAAACCAAUGAAAAUAAAAGAAUAGCCUGACAAUAACCUCCAUGUUUUGUUUUUUCUAAAGUCUACUUUUCCAUUACAAACAGAAGUCAGGCAUGGUAGCUCACACAUGUUGUCCCAACACUUAGGAGACCAAGUGAGGCAGGGGGAUUAUAGAUUUGAGGCUAGCCUGGGUACCUUGUCAGACUGUCUCAACUACAAUAAAAAACAAAAACAAAAGCAGUUAGAACCAGGUUAUUCAAGCAAUUAUUGCGCAACCUUUAAUAAUCUGGCAGGCUUCACAGUCCUGAAUCCAGGUUCCCAUUUUAGUUUCAAUUUCUCUAACACAGACACUUUCAUACCGAUGGCAACAUUUCUUCCUCAGAGCAGUUACUCAAACGUGCUCCUUAUAUUAAGGAUUAUGUAACAACAUUUUUGUAAAUGCCCCCAUGUAACUUUUUCCUAUUAUGUGAUUCUUUUUCAAUUAAUUUGAUCUUCUGCUGGUGUAGGGGCCAAUAGUUUUGUGAAUAUUCUGUGGAUGUGUCCAUGUAUAAGUGUAUAUAUAUAUAUAUAUAAAUGUAUAUAUUUUCCAGCUAAUACCUCAGAUAUGUGAUUGUUUAAUAAAUACCAUACUGUUUGCACAGAGCAGGGCUUCCAUUAGCAGUAGGUACUCUUGUUUCAAAGUUUGACCAUUAGUCAGUAGAAUUGCAUUGGUGUGAAAUCUUUCAGUUGAUUUCCACGUUUUAAUGCAGAUUUCCUAUUACAAGGCCCGUGUGUCAAGUAAAAUUGUAUCUUUCCGAGUCUGGUAACCCAGAAGUGGUUCUUGAAGUGUCCUGGUUUAAUAAGUUAUUGAAACUUGGGGUGACUGGUUGCUGAGAUAUUUAGUAACUGUAUAAAGGCAAUAGACACCUGCUAGAAAUGCCAGCAAGUCUUGCUGGUUUCAUCCCAAGAUUCUACUUAGCCUUUCAUUGGCACCGUUAACAUCGGAAGGACUUUUGAGUGACACUAUAGCAUUUUCAUCAUUACCUUCAAAAUGAAUGUUUCUGAGUUGGGAGACAGCAGUAAGGAAGAAACAACUGGAGUUUAUAGUUUAUUUAUAUCCAGAUGUGAGUCAUUUCUGCCUUGUUUUUGGUCUUUAGAUUGCUGUGUGAGACUUUCCAUUCAAAGUUUUAGUUUGUUUGUUUUUAAAGCUGCAGGUAAUUUCCAAGGUGUGAUACAGAUUUUCAGGUCUGGUGACAUUUUAAUGGAAGCCUUGUGUUAGUAAAAUGAAGUGCUAUUGGUAAAGGAGAUCUUCAUAGUGCAUUCAAGAUCACAUAAUUAGGUUUAAAAGUAAAAGGUCUGAUUUGUAAAAAUUUAAUGUUAUAUCAGACUUAUAUAAGAUUUCCUGUGAGAACUCUUAAGCUGCUUUUGAUUUUUAAUGAAUGUUGUAAUGAAUGAUUUAUGAAUUUUUGUCUUUCAGUCUCUGUAAUUUAUCUCAACAUAUUAAUAAAAAGAAGGGAUGUUCUCACCAUAAAA